AUAAAGACAGUUCGAAUGAAAGAAUUCAGAAAUGGUGACGGAUUAGGAUAACCUCCCGUUGAUCCUUUUGAUAAUAGCGGAUUAAACCACUCCAAAACAAUGGAAUUAACAAAGGUUGGCUAUACCUUACUGGUCUUCCCGUUGUUGUUUCUUGCCGUGGAAGGGCUGACGAAGGGCGAUUCGAAUGUCUGCGAAAAAGUACAGUAUGUGACGAAAUCGCGGCAUGCGUCUUUCAGUGCGGCGUACACAAGCAAGUACUACUCGUGGUGCAGCGAAUUUCCAUUGUUUCGAUGCACAAGAUACAGGAGAAGGUAUGAAACAAGAUAUAGGGUGGAGUACUUUCGGGACACGUGGAAGACGUAUCAUUGCUGCCAAGGUUUUUCUGAAUACAACGGAUGGUGUGAUGACAUCAAUGAGUGCGCUGAUUGGUCGAAAAAUGAUUGUUACAUGACCUGUAUCAAUACGCCUGGGAGUUACUACUGUAGGUGUGAGGCGGGCUAUCAGGGGGAGGGGAGGUCGUGUACUUUAGUUGCGACUGCUUCAUCUUCGACAGCGACAACAACUUCAACUUCAUCUACAUCUUCAACAGGGACAUCAGCUGUAUCUUCAACAAAUACAACUGCUACUUCAACUUCUACAGACACAACAACUUCAACUAGGAACUCAACCUCAUCUGGGACAGGAACAGGGACUUCAACUUCAACGGAAAAUCCCAGUUCGACAGGGUCCAUUCGGUCCAAUUCAACAGGGAAUCCCAGUUCUCCAGGGUCCACUUCAUCUUCAACAUCAACAUCAACCGUGUCUUCAACUUCAACAGAGACUAACACCUCGACGCCAACAACUACCGCCUCUACAACCACGACGACCACAAGGCUCAGCCCUUGCAUCGCAACAACAUGCAAAAAUGGCGGGAAAUGCUAUGUUGUAUCGGACAAGAAAUAUCGCUGCAAGUGUCCAGUCGCAUGGGAGGGAGAAAAUUGCGAAAGAGACGUGAAUGAAUGCGCGAGAAAAACGCCACCCUGCCCCGGCGAGAACGUUGACUGCAUUAACCUCGACGGGGGUUACACAUGCCGCUGCAGGGAGUACUUCCUCAAGGAUGGGUCUGGCAAGUGCUCAUUUGAAGCCAAUAUUCGCUACGUAUUGAAACUAGCUCUUGACCAAGAGUUUGACGAGAGGUUGCGCGAUAUGAGGUCACUGCAAUUUAAAGACCUUGAGGAGAAGGUGGUCAUAAAGAUCGACGCGAUCCUGCAUUCUAAUAGAAUAUUCAAGAAACUGGCCGGAUUCUCUCAAAUUCGCUUCUUUGACGAAGGGAGCGUCACUGUCGACAUGGCGCUUGGAUUCUACACAGUAGCGCCUCUAGCGGACCCGAAGAACUUCACCACUGAUUUGCGCAAUUUCUUCAAUGGUGUGAUCAAGAAAAUGGGAAAUGUCUGCCACCUGGAGGGAGUUGGAAACACUGUUUGUUCCAAACCUCCAAAAGUUGAAGAUUUUGAAGAGUGUCGGUACUUCUGCAAGUCUGAAGGAACAAAUUGCACCAACCUCGAGGGAAGCUACCUGUGUAGUUGCAGGACUGGUUACUAUGGCGAAGAUCCGACCAGGACAGGAUGCACAGUUGAAGGUCCAAACUUCGGCGAAAUCAUGAUCUACGCGACAAUGUCAUUUUUGGCCAUUCUCUGCCUUAUUGCUUUUGUUGUUGUCACCAUAUUAAAAUGCCGCAAGCAAAAUAGUACCAAGAAAACAAAAAUGAGCGACAUGGAUACAUCCGCGGUGGUGAGGAAACUUGCUGCGGAGGAAAGCAUUGGUGCUGAGAAUUACUACAAUUAUAUUCAAGACGAAAAUGACAACAAGCCGAGCUUCAAAACCGAAAAUCUCCCACCAGAUCUGCGGGAAAACACGGAAAAGUCCGAAGUUGCUCGGCGGAUGUCGGGAAGCAGCGAUGCGAUUCGACGCGAUUCGGCUGUUUCAGAUUCCAUCCAGAGCCACCUGUCUCCGUUGGAGGCAGUGACGGAGGAAGCAUCGUCGGAAUCUGCCGAUUCGUGGAAAAUGGCGGAUUCUGGUGCGUUUUCAUUGACGGAUGCAUCUAGCGCGCAACUUUGGUGAACCUAGAUUGUAUAUAGCACAUGAACAACUAAAUCAAUGGCGACAAUCGCAACAACCACGUGUAAAAACUAACAUUGUGUUCGACUAAAAUGAAAUUUGCUGUACGUCACUCUCGAUUGAAAUAGAACGAACCACUCUUUUGUGUGUUCUAUUUGACGACAAAUUGAGAUAUAUAUACAUUGUA